AUGCGUGUUUCCUCUCUAGCCCUAGCUCUCUGCGCCAGCGUCGCAAUGACCGCCCCGACAGAAACUCCCGACCUACACAAUAUCCUCCAAGCCUUCAAUAUCUCCAAGAUCGUGCAAGAUGCUGGACCGGUGCUCGAGUCCCUCCUAGUUACAGGCAACUGCAACAUCCCCGCCUGCUUCCAGCAACUCAUCCCGGCCGUACAGGAAUGCAAUGCUGCUAUUGUCGGCGGGGGUUCAGACAUCGCAUCUGACCUUGAGUGCGUGAGCAGCGUCGUCGCCGAUUUAGUUCCUAGCCAGUCCAACAACUGUGCUGUUUGUGUUGGGGAUGCUAUCUCUACCAUCCGAUCUCAGCUGGAGAAAGGGUCUCAGUCCCAUUGA